UGCAGCGCAGCUACAAACUCAUGUCAGGAAAUAUAAGUACUGGAUAAAUGCCAGAGUUGUUCCUGGUGGAAAGGUUGACGUAAGUCGGUGUUUUCAAAUCUUCAACAACAAGACUUCAAGAGAAACAAAAAGAGGAGCUGCUGCUGACCUUCAUUUUGUAGAAACCUAAAUUCAUUAUCCUGGCUGACAUUUUGGACAAUUCUUUCAAGUACCAACGGCUCCCCAAAAGUCCUACAAACAACUUAUGCUUCAUUACAAAUUCUUUAUAAGCUUAUAUCCUGCCUUUAUGUGACACAAGGAUUAUUCUUGAUUGUCAAACCUGCUGAGACUUUUUAUUGGAAGAUGCAUCCAGGAGGUCCUCCAGUUCCACCACCUCCACCUCCCCCCCCACUUCUUCCACCACCACCACCACCACCACCUCCUCCAGCCCCUGGACUUCUUUCAUCCCAACAUGGACCAGGUUUCAUUGGUAAGGGAAACCGUCGGCGCUCCAGGAUGCGCAAUUUUAACUGGGAAACCCUUCCUAAACACAGUGUGAUAGGAAAGCACAACAUUUGGACAGCAGACAAACCAGAUGGGGAAUAUGAACUGGACACUGAUCACAUGGAGGAGUUGUUUAGCCACAACCAGGGGCAGCAACAGCACAAAGUUCUGAAUCGGUCAAGUGUGAGGGGUUUGCCAUCUUCUGCCACAGGAGGGGAAAUGGUUACUAUCCUCAGCUCCAAGAGGAGUAUGAACAUUGGAAUUUUCCUAAAGCAGUUCAAGCGGCCUGUAAAAGACAUGAUUAAGGACAUUAAAACAGGAAGAGGCCUACAUUUUGGGUCCGGAAAACUCAGAGAGUUGUGCAGGCUGCUGCCAGAUGAAGGAGAGGUGAAGCAGCUGCUUAGUUUUAAAGGUGACCUAUCUGCUCUCCCUGAAGCGGAUCUUUUUAUGCUACUGCUGGUAAAGAUUCCCAGUUAUGAAGAGCGCUUGACCUGCUUGGUGCUGAAAGAGGAAUUUUUCCCCCUCAUGGAUGAAAUGAAAGAAUUCAUUGGCACUCUGACAGCUGCAGGAAUGGAGCUGUUAGAGUGUGAAAAUCUCCAUUCUGUCAUUCGCUUGGUGCUGAAGACUGGAAAUUACAUGAAUGCUGGUGGCUACGCAGGCAGUGCAAUCGGCUUCCGAAUGGCCUCCCUGCUGAAGCUAGCAGAUACCAAAGCAAACAAACCUGGAAUGAAUCUUAUGCAUUAUGUUGUGAUGCAAGCUCAGAAGGCAGAUGUGGCGCUGCUUAAGUUUGCAGAACAACUCAAACACAUUGAAGCUGCAGCAAGAAUUAAAAAAAGUGAGAUUGAAACAGAGUUUGAAAGACAAGUGAAGAAAGUGCAGAAUGCCAAAGCAGACACCUUGAAACAAGAAGAUCUAAGGGCACAAAUGCAAGAUUUUUUAAUGGAUGCUGAGGUUUGCUUAGCAGAAAUGGAGACUAGUCUUCAAGAACUGGAGUCAGUAAGUGACUCUGUGGCCGAGUACUACUGUGAGGAUUCCAGCAAGUUCAAACUGGAGGAAUGUUGCUCCAUUUUCAACUCUUUCUGUGAAAGGUUUAUGCGGGCCAUGCAGGAAAACAAGGCCAGAGAGGUUGCAGAGGUGAAACAUCGACACAUAGACAAGCUACAAAACUCGGCCAAGCGCAGGUCCACAGCUACCUGCUCCAGUAGAGAAAAGGAAAUGGACGGUAUUGCAUUAGAGCACAUACUGCAGAACUUCCUUACCAAUCGUGUCUCUAGGAGGAGAUCUGGGAGGCCUUCAUCAGCUCAUGGAAGUCCCACGGGUGGCAGCCCUACGAACGGGAGCCUAACUGAAAUCACUUCUCAGACGAAUCUCCCCAUUGGAAAUCAGAAUUGUGGAGAGAUAUUCAGAGUCAAAGAGAUGUGCAAAAAGGAGUGGAACUCAGCAAAUGAACUCACAGAAAACUUUACAUUAGAGAAAACCCACUCGCAAGUUGAGGAAAAUAAGGCAAAACAGGAUAUUACCCAUGAAGAGGAGAUUAAAACUAUGAGAAAAGAGGACUCGACACACCCAAUCAGAAAGAACAGCAUGUUCUCCAAUGACAGAUCUUUUUCAGCCAGUACUGAUGACACUGAGGAAGAUGUGCAAGAUAACAAUGAGAAGGAAGCCCAAAAGUUGCGUGAAGCAUCUAAAAGAGUCCUGCAUUUUCAGAAAAGCCGUAGUAGUGUCUCAUCUGGGGAGUAUGCUCUGGAAAAUCAGAAAUCUCCUGCUGGAACUACAACCCUUCGUCGUCAGCUCACCUUUGAUGAGGAAACCCAAAGGUAUCCUGGAGACCCCACCAAUGAGGAUCUGGUUCAAUUUUUGCUCAACACUGAAUCCUCUUCUAAACGCAACCUUGGCCGUCGACAUACUCUACCUACCAAAGUUCCUAAAACUAAGGAAGAGAACGACAAUCUGCAGUCUCAGCCUACAGUUAAAAGUCAAAAUCAAGUGGCACACGACAAAAGAACACAGCCAGGAGAGGGAGCUGGAGACACAUCCUCAAGACAAGAGUUGGAUUUUACUGACAUUUCUCAGAACUUGAAAAAUUCAGAUGGCCAAGACCUGAGUUCUCCAUCAGCAGAAAAGAAAAGUAAACCAAAUAAUUCCUCGGCCCAUGUUUCAGACAGAGAGUCUUUGGAGCAAAGCAAAGAAGAAAAAUCAGUGGAGCACACGGGCAACCACCCACAGACAAAUAACGAAAAUACUCCCCCCAGGAGCACAUGGUUUAAGACUGAGUCCUCUGGACUAUUUUUCAGUUUUUUCAGACGCCUUGGAGAUAUGAGCAAACCACAGAACAGCAAGGUGACUGUUCAUAAGGGCACAGAUUCUAGUGUGUAGUCAUAAAAUAUUUAAAAAUUUAUUGGAUAAUUACAUAUUAAUUUAAAGCUCACGUUACCUAACGGCUAUUUAAAAUGAUAUAAUUAGUUACAGUAACAUGGCAGUGACAUGUAUCAGUAAGUUUUUUAAUUUUUAACUUUGGUAAUAAGGUACUGCGACAGACUGGUGACCUGUCCGGGGUGUACCCUGCCUCUCACCUGUUAAAAUGCUGGGAUAGGCUCCAGCUCACCUGCGACCCGUAGUGGAAUAAGCGGUCAAGAUGAUGGAUGGAUGGAUGGAUGGAUGGGUAAUAAGGUAAAAGUAAGUAAGAAAGAAAGUUCUAGGAAAGUUGCUGAAGAAGGAUACUUGCAAGUUGUACCACUAGAUGGCAGGAUUUAACAGUAAGUUAGGUGUGAAUUCCCAGGCAAUUUAUAUAUUGCUGAUAUUCAAAAGAAAGAUGGACACACUCGCUGUAAGAUAUUUUGUCUUUAUUUGCUAGCCAUACGUAUUUUUUUACAAUGUGCACAAGUUGGAUAAUUGACUUAAUCCUUACAGUUUGUGUUCUUUGUCAAAAUGAAUGUACAGAGGAAGUGUUGAUGAUGUUGAGUUUGAAGAUAAAAGAGAUUUCAGCAUGUAGAAGGAAGGAACUGUGUUGGAAUAUUUGUUUUCUUUGUAUAUCAGAUAAGUAUUUGCUUGUACUGUAUGCUUGUAUGCAGUGUUGCUAAUUUCCAGUUGUAUAAUGAUGGAUAUACCAAUUGCAGUAAAUGCUGUUAGCCUCAUAGCAUAAUGACUAAGUCAUAUUUUGGCUAAACUGGGAUAUCUGUCUAACUGUCCUCUCCUAAUAUUGUCAACUGACAUCACUGAAUUAUCCCAAUUAAAAUAUGACUUGAAAUAUGAUAUAACACUUAAAAUGUGACUUCAAAGAAAUUAUGCUAUGAGGCUAACAAAAUAUGCGUUUUGAUUGUAGUAAUUCCUUGUCUCUUUUGUCCCAGAGGCACAUCAGAAUUGUAUGGUUGCUUUCAUACUUUUACUGAAUUCAGCCAUUGUUUUGAUCUAAAAUGGGUCAGUGUUACAAAGGCUGCCUGUAUCUGAACGGAGCUGAACCGUGGACAGUCUGUGGUAAAAGUACGGCUGCUGAUCCCACACUAACUUAAGAAGAGAGUUUCAUGGUUGAAGGGCCCACAUUUAGUGUAAAAUGAAUAAAUCUACAGCACAAGCAAAUGUAUUUGUAGCACUACUGCCCUCACUUAUGGAUACCAGAGUACUGACGUUUGAAGCUCUCAAAGUGUAACUAUAAAGUAAUGAAUCCAUAUUUGGGGAUAGUAAUGUGAAUGCUUUUUAUUUUUCUUUGUGAUAGAAUAUCUAUGAAAGUGAGUUGCAUGGCGAUUCUGAUGGUAGCAAUAUGACUGUUUCAAAAUUGGUCUUUGUAUUUGGUAUCAUUAAAUAAUAGUCAAUAAAUCAUUUUCUGUUUGUA